ACACAUGUAGCUGCCAAAUCGAAUUCAUAGAAAAUUUCCUAUAUUCUCGCUACACCCAUAACUGCGGAUGAUCUCAAAAAUGCCUUGAUUAGUUGCUAGAAACAGGGAAGAUCGUCUCUCUACCCCUCUGCAUCCAUCAACCAUCAUCCCUGAAAAAAGAUGGAGGUUGACAAAAAAUAGACAGAACACAAAAAGGAAACCAGAAAGAACAAGUAACAGACAAUAAACAGCAAAACCAAAAACAGAAUUAAGGGAGGGACUCCUACGGGAAAAGGAAGAAGGAAGAAAAGGGAGAAGAUUGAUACCCAUCAACCUUUUUCUCCCUUCUCUUCCCCCUUCCCUUCCCUCCUUUCAGCCCACCAUUUCCAAACAACAAAGAAGAGAAGAUAAACAAGAACAUAGAGAUUGACAAACAAUACACAGACAAAAUGGGACCAAGCAAGUUACGACGAGCCGUGGGAGCGGUGAAGGAUCAGGCGAGCAUAAGCCUAGCCAAGGUGAACAACAGCAGCUCUCUCUCGGACCUGGAGGUCGCGAUCGUGAAGGCCACACGCCACGAGGAGUACCCCGCCGAAGAGCGACAUAUCAGGGAGAUCCUCAGCCUGACAUCCUACUCGCGCUCCUACAUCAGCGCAUGUGUCAGCACGCUCUCGAGGCGGCUGAACAAGACCAAGAACUGGACCGUGGCCCUCAAGACUCUGAUGCUGAUCCAGCGACUUCUCAAUGAAGGGGACCCGGCAUACGAGCAGGAGAUCUUCUUCGCCACGAGGAGGGGCACGCGCAUCCUCAACCUCUCCGACUUCGUGGAUGCCAGGUCCGAGUCGUGGGACUACUCUGCAUUCGUGAGGACGUACGCAAUGUACCUGGACGAGAAGCUCGAGUUCAGGAUGCUCGGUAGGCGAGGAAAGAGGAGCGCCUUUGCGAUGGAGGAUGACGAGGAGGAGGUGGAGGAGGAAGGCAGCAGCCACCACCGCAGAAGAAGAGGCCGUGGUGGUAGUGCUGGUGGAAGCAGCGGUGGUGGUGGAGGUGGUGGUGUCAAAGCCACGCCGCUUCGUGAAGCUAAGAAUGAGAAACUGUUCUCCAGGGUUCAGCAUUUGCUGCAUUUGCUCGAGCGCUUCCUUGCUUGCCGCCCUACAGGUAAUGCAAGGCAUGACAGGGUUGUACAGGUGGCUCUGUACCCGAUUGUGAAAGAGAGCUUCAACUUGUACUACGACAUCACCGAUAUCCUUGCCGUGUUGAUCGACCGCUUCAUGGACUUGGAUCUCCCGGAGGCCGUGAAGAUCUACGAGAUCUUCUGUCGUGUCGCCAAGCAGUUUGACGAGCUCGAAUCGUUCUACAGCUGGUGCAAGACUGCUGCAAUUGCUCGGACCUCAGAGUACCCUGAAAUCGAGCGCAUCUCGCACAAGAAACUCGAGCUCAUGGACGACUUCCUCCGCGACAAAUCCGUCCUGUCGCAAACGAGGAGAAGUCCCGACGCUGAGUCAGUGGAGGAUAACGAGGAGUUCAAGGAUGCUGAGGAGGCGGGCGAGGAAGACAUGAACACCAUCAAGGCGUUGCCUGCUCCAGAGGAAAGUUAUGCUGCCCCUGUGGUGGAAGAGGUGAAGGAAGAAGAAGAGGUGAAGCCGGAGGUUGCUGUCCAACAAGAGGCUGAUCUGUUGAAUCUAGGACAGGAUGCAAUGUCGAGCGACGAUCAUGCGAAUCAGCUAGCUUUAGCUUUGUUUGAUGGGGCUCCUCCAGUCGCAGCCAACUCCACGAGUACUCCUGCCCUAACGUGGGAAGCAUUCAACGAUGAGGCUGACUGGGAAACUGCUCUGGUUCAAUCAGUAAGCAGUUUAGCUGUUCAGAGGCCUGCACUGCCGGGAGGCUUCGACAUGACGUUGCUCGAUGGGAUGUAUCAGCAAGGAGCAACUACGUCAGCAAUGUCUGGCGUGGCUGGCUACGGUACAGUAAGUGGAAGUGCUAGCAGUGUUGCUCUUGGCUCAGCUGGAAGACCUGCUAUGCUAGCAUUGCCUGCUCCUCCGACAUCAAUGAUGAACACCUCCGGUGGGUUUUCAGACCCGUUUGCAGCCUCAAUUGCAGUGCCACCACCGCACUAUGUGCAAAUGUCGGAGAUGGAGAAGAAGCAGCACCUGUUGAUGGAGGAGCAACUGAUGUGGCAACAAUAUGCAGCAAAUGGUAUGCAAGGACACGUUGGGUAUGGAAGGGUACAGCACAAUACAUACAACAUGGGGGGAUACACACAUGGUUACUAAUCUUAACCAGUUUGUUUGAAUAGGUCUUUUUUCUUGUACUCUAUCAAAUCUUUCUUUUCCCCCCUCAUCUCUUGUUCUUUUCCUGGGAAGGAAACCUUCCCCCUACAAUUGUAAAGCAUACAACUUUCGCAACAAAAUAGCUCGACACUUUUGUUCAAG